AUGGCCGAGUCCCCGAGCCGCUCCGGCAGCCUCCGGGUCCGCCGAACCCGGGGCGGGCCGUCGAGAAACUCGUCCGCUCGCUCCUCGGCCGCAUGGGAGGACUACUCCUACCUCCACCCGGCCAACUUCCAACAACAACUGCACCACAGCCUGCGCUCCGCCUCUUCGCGCUUCUCCCUCAACGAGCAGUUCGCCGCCACCCGACAAGAGUACGAGUUCGGCGACGACGACGCCUCGUCCAUCAUCGACCGCAUGACCCUCGCCUCCGACCUCGCCGACGACAGCACCGUCGCUGCGAACACCCACGCCCCCGACCCCGACGCCCCCGACGGCGCCGAGGGGGACUACUACGACCUGAUGUGCCUGCCCAAGGACCCGUCCCUGACCCCCGACCAGAUCCGGAGGGCCUACCACCGCUUGCUGCUGUACCUGCACAAGGACGGCUUGCCCGAGAACCUGCACCUCGUCGCCCAGCCCUACUUCGACCAGGUCCAGAGGGGUUUCGAGACCCUGAUCGACCCCCACCGACGAGCGCUGUACGAUGCGACCCAGCUGAGAGACACGACCGGUGCGCCCGGCGCCCCUCUCGACGAGGACUACCGAUACGCAUACGACCUGUCGCUGAAGGAGCAGCUGAGGCAGCGGGCGGCCGACGUCGUGCAGACGUCGUCCGAUCUGGGCAUCCGCUUCGACGCCUCCAAGGCCAUCCGCGAGAGCUCUGCCGUUGCACCCUUGGAUUUCACCCUGAGCCACUCCGUGACAGUAGGCCUUCCGGUGCUCGGCCGGAUCAUCGAGAGGACAGCCUCGGCAACGAGCCGACGCGCCGCCUCCUCGUCGAAGCGUGUGCCGUCCAUUGCGCUCAACGAGCUCGACCAGGCCAACGCCGACCACCACCCGCGGGAGCCCAUGGUAUACCUGCCCCCGCCCCAGCUGACCCUGACCGGCUCGGUCUACGGCAUCGUCGAGGAGAUAUACAGGGUUCCUCUGCCGCUGCUGGCCGACCGCUACCAACCUCUGCUGCCCCUGACCAUACCCCGGAAGCGCAUCAUGCAGCUCGCGGGGCAGCGCCCGUGUCCUCUCAUCAGUCUCAAAUUCCGACAGGACAUCGUCCACAGGACGGCCGAAGAUGGCAUCGCCAAGACGGCGGUCGAGGUCGAGAGCGAAGUCCUCCCGGAGUCGUCGCUGACGGCCAGGGUGUCGCACCCGAUCCAUCUGCCCGAUGACCCGAACCCGAUCCUGCUGGAGGGCAGCGUGCGGUCCGGAAGGCCGUGGGCCGGGGCGCCUCCCCGCGUCGGGGUCGGGAUCCACCGCUGGAUGGGUGCCGGGACCGCGUACGCGAUGGCGGACAGCGGCGACUGGAGCGUCUGGCCCGGCGAGACGAUCAAGUUGUUCACCGACUUCUCCCAGGUGAGCAAGAGCCAGCUGCUCGCCGAGUUCCCCAUGAAGACGUCCGCAAGCUUCGAGAUGGGCUACACGACGUCGCCGGAGCGGAUGCCGUCUACGGGCCACGAAGACUCGCCCAGGGGAGAGUGCGGCAUCCGCGGGCUCGACUGCGAGAACGGCGCCGGCAGCGACGGCUCGUGGACGGUCUCGGCCUCUCUGACGGCGGACACGGUUGCCGGCUACCUCAGGUACGGCCGCGACCUGCCGCUGCCGGGCCCCGGUCCCGCCCGGCUCGAACUGGAGCUGUGCUCCAACACGCUCCUGGACCGGUACGUCGCCGUCCGGAACCUCUGGACCGUCGGCCGGUUCUCCAAGCUCGGCCUCGAGCUCGGCGUCAGCCCGCACAGCAUGCACCUCUCCCUGUACUGGUCCCGCCUCGACCAGCGCCUCAGCAUCCCCGUCCUGCUCUCGCCGCGCGACGCCGUCCACAGCCCGUCGCUCUUGUUCUACGCGAGCGUGGCGCCCCUCGUCGCCUUCGCGGGCGUGAUGCACGCUCGUAAAUCCAAAAUGAUUUGUUGGCGUCAGUACGAUGUAAUACUUUCCUUUACUUUGACUAAUGUCGGUUGA